CGCCGCAGCGACAAAAUGGCGGCGGGUGGGAGCGGCGGGCGCGCGUCGUGCCCGCCGGGGGUCGGGGUCGGCCCGGGCGCCGGGGGCAGUCCCGGGCCCAGCGCCAACGCCGCCGCCACCCCGGCCCCCGGCAACGCGGCCGCUGCCGCCGCCGCCGCCGCCGCCGCCGCCGCCGCCGCCACCGCCGGGCCGCCGCCGCCCGCCCCGCCGGGCCCCGGGACAGACGCGCAGGCCGCGGGCGCGGAGCGGGCGGAGGAGGCGGCGGGCCCGGGGGCGGCGGCGCUGCAGCGCGAGGCCGCGUACAACUGGCAGGCCAGCAAGCCCACCGUGCAGGAGCGCUUCGCCUUCCUCUUCAACAACGAGGUGCUGUGCGACGUGCACUUCCUGGUGGGCAAGGGGCUCAGCUCGCAGCGCAUCCCCGCGCACAGGUUCGUGCUGGCCGUGGGCAGCGCCGUCUUUGAUGCCAUGUUCAACGGGGGAAUGGCCACAACAUCCACGGAGAUCGAGCUGCCCGACGUGGAACCCGCUGCCUUCCUCGCACUGCUCAAGUUUCUCUACUCGGACGAGGUGCAGAUCGGCCCGGAGACGGUGAUGACCACGCUAUACACCGCCAAGAAGUACGCGGUGCCAGCACUCGAGGCCCACUGCGUGGAGUUCCUGAAGAAGAACCUGCGGGCCGACAACGCCUUCAUGCUGCUCACGCAGGCGCGACUCUUCGAUGAACCACAGCUGGCCAGCCUGUGCCUGGAGAACAUCGACAAAAACACGGCAGACGCCAUCACCGCUGAGGGCUUCACCGACAUUGACCUGGACACGCUGGUGGCUGUCCUGGAGCGCGACACACUGGGCAUCCGUGAGGUGCGGCUGUUCAAUGCCGUUGUCCGCUGGUCCGAGGCCGAGUGUCAGCGGCAGCAGCUGCAGGUGACGCCAGAGAACAGGCGGAAGGUUCUGGGCAAGGCCCUGGGCCUCAUUCGCUUCCCACUCAUGACCAUCGAGGAGUUCGCUGCAGGCCCCGCACAGUCGGGCAUCCUGGUGGACCGCGAGGUGGUCAGCCUCUUCCUGCACUUCACCGUCAACCCCAAGCCACGAGUGGAGUUCAUUGACCGGCCCCGCUGCUGCCUGCGUGGGAAGGAGUGCAGCAUCAACCGCUUCCAGCAGGUGGAGAGUCGCUGGGGCUACAGCGGGACCAGUGACCGCAUUAGGUUCUCAGUCAACAAGCGCAUCUUCGUGGUGGGAUUUGGGCUGUAUGGAUCCAUCCACGGGCCCACCGACUACCAAGUGAACAUCCAGAUUAUCCACACCGAUAGCAACACCGUCCUGGGCCAGAAUGACACGGGCUUCAGCUGCGACGGCUCAGCCAGCACCUUCCGCGUCAUGUUCAAAGAGCCGGUGGAGGUGCUGCCCAACGUCAACUACACGGCCUGCGCCACGCUCAAGGGCCCAGACUCCCACUACGGCACCAAAGGCCUGCGCAAGGUGACACACGAGUCACCCACCACGGGCGCCAAGACCUGCUUCACCUUUUGCUACGCGGCUGGGAACAACAAUGGCACAUCCGUGGAGGACGGCCAGAUCCCCGAGGUCAUUUUCUAUACCUAGGCUGCCUGACACCGACACCGCCCUCCCUCUGUGGGGAAGGCUGGGGCCCCGAGGUCAUAUUCUACACCUGGGUCACCCGACACCGCCCUCCCUCCGUGGGGACAGCCGCAGCCCCAGGCCAUCAUCCGCUGCUGGGGCCCCCCCCCGCCACGCGGUGCCAGGCCCAGUGUCCCCCCCGGGCCAUCUGUCCACUCCACGCCACCUUUGUCAGCAUCAGGAAGGGGUUGCCCUGUGUUCACGAGCGCGGCUGCUGGAUCAGGGCAGCCGGGGAGGUGGCCGGGCCAGUGGCCAGGCCCUGUGGAGACAAUCCCUCAGGACUGGGGACAGGGCUGUGCCGGCCUGGGCCAGGGCCCACGGACCCGCAGCUCAGGGCACCUGCCACGUCAUCUGACGGCGGUGUGCGUUCCCCGCGUCUCUUCACUGCACAUUGCAAUGCAUUUGCGAUUCCCACGUCUCUGCUAGGAGCCAGCCUGGGUGGCGCCGCUCCCAGAGCCGUGGCUACCAGACCUUGCGUUCCUUUUGUUCCUGUCCAUUUAUCGGGACACGGGCCCCACCUGUCACGUGCCCGAGGCCACCCAAGCCCAGCCUGCGGGGCGUUCCCACUGCCUGGGUGCCGGCUUGAGUUCUGCGUGUGCGGGAUUCAGUGUGGGGACGGCCCCUGCCGGAUAGGCCUUGCCCUGGCCCAGGUGGUGAGCGGUUUGCAGUGUCUGUUCUCAUCCACCUGAUGGGCCCAGAUAAGGGCCCCCACUGUCCAGCCUCCCUGGACGGCCCCCGCGGUCCCUGCAGCCCAAGAUGGGACUCAGACCCUGCGCCCCAGAGCUCCCCUGCCGCAGAAUGGGGCCCCAGCCGGCCCCGACCGGGUCCAGGAGCAGUGCUUGCCUGUACAUACUGUUGCCCUAGCCCGCCUGGUGCCGCGGGAGCCACCCCCAGGUGCUGGGGGGCAUAGCCCCUCCCCACCCCGGCCACGCCCCCACCUGCCCCGCGUGUUUCUGCCCUGUGACUCCUGGAACCUGCGUCCUCCCCAAAGCCAUGGGAGGGGUGUCCUCCUCAGACCACGCCCCUAGAUGAUUUUUUUUAAAUAAACAAACAAACGCACCCGC